AUGUUAGAGGAUAAUUCUAGCCCAGAUCCUAGUGUCAUUAUAGAUAUAGCCGUUUCAGAAAGUACUAAAGAGGAACUAAAAGAACAUAGUGAUAAAGAAAGGAAAAGUUCAAAUAAAAAAGACUAUGUUGUGUACGAGUAUUAUGGACAGAACAUACCGCCGUCCGUUACAUGGGUACAGUUUUUCGGAACAGAUGACACAGAAGACGCUCGACCUGAAUCAAACACUCCAUUUGAUCCAAAAACCAGGAACGCCUUUGUACGGCUUGUGUUUAUGAUCGUUUUCGCCAUGAUUCUCGUCACUAUGAUCAUUAAUCUUAUCUUUAGAUUUACACCGCCCUUAGCCAGGCUUUUAACUGGAAAAUCUGGACUUAUUAUAGCGAUCGUAUGUAUGUAAUUGUGUUUAGUAUCAUCACAGCGUACUCCAC